GGCAUCCCACCCCCCACCAGUAUCCCUCAUCCUAUUCCCAUUACCGGCUCGGAAUUCAAUCUCCGCCUUCUUCCCUGUGAUCCACUGACGGAUGGUCCAGCUAUCCUCGCUCAACAGAUUGCCGCGUUCAGUAACCCUCAUGAACCAUUCUUUUUUGUCUUAUUUCCUGAAACAGAAGAAAGGGAAAAGGCAGUCAAAAGAUUGGUUGAUAAUUGGGUGGGAGAUGAGAGGGCGAAGUAUGUGAAAGUUGUUGAUGGACAUGGAACACUCAUAAGUGCAGCCAAAUGGCUCAUACAUAUGGGACCAUUGAGCGACGAACAGAAGAAAGAACGAAUUACUGUUGACUGGCACGAUAAUCAAGAUUCAAAUGAAUGGGCUGAGUAUCUAAUAAAUUGGAUUCAUCAACACCAAAUUAGUCGAACGAAAGGCGAACCUUGCGUCAUCCUUGACAUCUUAACCACGCAUCCCUCUUACCAACGUCUUGGUGCUGGUACCCUUUUAAUGCAAUACGGUACUGCCAUAGCCGAUUCUCUUGGUCUACCAGCUUAUAUCGAGGGGACGGUCAUUGCAAAACACUUAUAUGAAAGUCAUGGGUUUAAGGCGGUGCCAGAUAGGUAUAUUGAGGUUGAUGUGCCGGAGAAGUGGAGGGGAAGGGAGGAAAGACCUAAGAUUGAGUUCUUCUUUUAUGAGAGAUCAAGGAGUGGGAAGAAGUCGUGA